CUCUUCCCAUGGCAUAGUAAGCAGAAGCUAGCAGCAGAGCGGCUCUGGAAGUACCUCUCCCAGUACGACAGCAGCAGUACUACAAUAGCUAAGCAGCGUACGUACGUGCUACGCCUAUCCUAUGCUCUUAUCUGCCAGGAGCUCUACGGGCAGCCCUUUGCCAGCGCGAUAGUCCAUUUUCUUGCUGCUCUUGGUAUCCAUCCAGAGACCAGCCGUCUACGUACAGCUGCCGAGUUCUCGUCUAUGCUUGGCUCUCUCGUCUACUGCGUACGCGUAUUAGCGAUAGAGUUCUUUCUACCAGCAGAUGAGCGGGCUGAGCAAGGUGCUGCUGAGACGAGUAGCUUUCUUAAGCAGCGUGCUCGCUAUCUAGUAGACGGCUCGUAUAGCCCGAUGAGUACUAUGCUAAGUUUACUAGCAUACGCUAAGUUUAUCGCCCUGCGUACGCCUGGCACCAUCGCUGGCAGCAUGUGGUGGUCUACAGAUCGACAGACGUUCUAUAUCAAAGGCCGGCCU